AUGGAAAAUAUCUUUCAUUUUUGGUCGAAGCUUCCAAUUUAUCAUACAUUACUUAUUCUCGUGACCUGUGGGGUCAUCUUAUUAUCAGCAUUACCUACUCAGGCAAAUGAAAAAACAGUAAUAACACUGAAAGAUUUGACAGAUAUUAUAGUAGAAAAAAGUUGUUCUUGUGCAGAAAAUGCAGAAAUUUUGAAAAAAAACGAUGAACACUUGAGAUUACUUUUUAAAAUCUCAUCCGUACGUGUUGUAAGCACGCUGCAAAGCCUCGUAAAUCACGUAAAUGCAGAAGUUACUUAUUUGAUAGAUUUAACUCGAUGGAAAUUAUAUGAGGAGAUCAAGAAAGUAUUUUCAAGACUGCUUAGCCAGCCAUCAGUUACCGAAUCUAUUGAUGAACUUAUUGAUAAUAUUCGCAAUCAGCUUUUUAUAAACACUGAAAUAUCACCGCAACGUUUGGAAAAAGAAGUUGAAAGGAUUGUACAAAAAUUUUUUGUUCAGUUAAUCCCUCCAACAUUUUUAUGCAUUACUACAGGACCUUGCAAAUCUGUAUCUCAGUCGUAUGCCAAUUGUCUACAAAACAAUGCACCAUCUUGGAAAAUAUUUUUUGGAGCAGAACCAAGCAGAAUCAGUGCUUUUUUACGUCAAACAAUCUUAAAAUAUCGUUUAAUAGAAAGUACCAUCGAUAAGUUGCAUAGAUCAGCAACCGAAAUUGAAUCAAUCAAUGAUAUAUGUUUAACACGAUAUACUCUGGUCACUAGUUGUGCUUCAAGUUGUUUACCAAAACAGUCUAGCAAUGAAGAAAAUAAAGCAAUUGGUUACUGUAGUGAUGACUGUAAAAAUGUUGUUCGCGCAUGCUUACAUGAAGGUGCUAAUGAUUGGGAUGCUUUUAUAUCAAUUUUGCGCAAAUUAAGUGCCGAUUUUGAUAAAGGUUUUAUUGAACUUGAAAAAGGCAUCGUUCGUUCAAUGUCGUAUGCAACCGAAGUACGAGCUCCAGUCAUAGCAAAAACAGUCAUACAAAAAUGCGGACGUGUUAGCUACGCGAAAGUAUCUGAUAAUACUCGAAAAGUUGAAUUUACGAAACCAAAUCCAAUUCAACGAAAAGCUGCUCAAAUGAUUCGACAAGAAGCUUCAAAUACUCGGCUAAUUUUAAUUUAA